AUGAUAAUUUAUGGAACUUUUGAUCAUAAUUUUAGGAGCAAAACAAUUAAUAUUAAACCAUUUCAAAUUGAUAUUUCUCCAAAUAGUAAUAUAGAAGAGUUGAAAGUAAGAUUAUAUCAUAAUUAUUUAGAUAUUAAUUACACUUUAAUUCACAAAUCUAGCUUUAGAAGAUUUUGAUAUUCUUAAUUCUCAAAGAGUUAGAUAAAAAGAAUCUGCAUCAGUUCAAUCACUUUAUUAAGAAAGAUAAGAUGUUAUUUCAAUAUAUGUAACCAAUUCCAGUAAUUUAAAUGCAAAUUGUUGCAAUAUUAUGUGA